AAUCGAAGACAUGGAGGGAGGCUUAUAUAAAUGGGAGUUAUCGGCAGUCUUAACGUUCAUUCUGCAACUCAAGCCAUGCCUAAUAGACGAGUAGCCUACAUCUAAAUUAUAUGCGAUUUUUAUAUUUAGUUUGAGGCGUAGGAGAUUGUUUAAAAAAAAAAUGGGGGAUACAGUAGCAAUACUCGUUGCCCUGACGUUCCUUUUGAGAGUGAACGGGGAAGACCCCCUCGUCGGAUACUGCUUGGGGAAGCAGUGCUUUGCCGUUUUCCAGGACCAAGCUAACUUUGGAACCGCUCAAAAACGUUGUGAGGAAAAUAAUAAUGGAUAUUUAAUGACAGUUCGAUCUUUGAUAUCACAUAGCAUCCUUUUAAUAUUACUUGGUAUUCAUAGAGGAGAUUAUUGGAUUGGUUUACAUUUACCAAGCGGGCAAUGCCCCGAACAAGCAUCGUUUUUACGAGGGUACAGGUGGAUAACUGGAGAUAAUGAAACCAAAUUCCAGAACUGGGGGCGCUUUGAAGAUGUCUGUUCUUCAAAAUGUAUUUCGGUAUCAAAAUACGACUUUCUGUGGAAGGAACAACCAUGCGAAAGUAAAGUAGAUGGAUAUAUUUGUGAAUAUAAACUUGACAGUCCCUGCCAACAUGUAAUUGUAAAAGGGGACGAAUCAGUUCUGUAUGAGACUCCGUUGGGAUUCAAGGGAGAGAACCUACUGACAUUACCCCUCGGAACCACUGCAACGCUCAAAUCCAUCGGGUCGAAGUAUAUCUGUCUAUCUGAACAGUGGCUACAAGCACCGUGGAGUUGCGAGGUAUUCAGAGGUGGCUGUGCGCAUGACUGUUCCUCAGUUAAUACUAAACCUGUAUGCACCUGCCCACCUGGGAAAACUCUCCAGGACAAUAACGUCACAUGUGAAGAUGCGCAAAAUGACCCCUGCCUUGACUCAGGAUGCGCACAUCUCUGCCAAAAAAAGGAUGACAGCUACACUUGCAUGUGUCAGCAUGGGUAUGCACUGGCAGAAGAUGGGAAGCAGUGCAAAGACAUUGAUGAUUGUAUCGAUAACAGACAGUGCCCUGGACAUAACAUUAAGUGUGUCAAUACUGUUGGUGGAUUUAAAUGCGAAUGCCAUAAGGGAUAUGUGUUUGAAAAUGACAAAUGCGUCGAUGAAGAUGAAUGCUCCAUGGGUCCAUGUGACCACGAAUGCAGUAACACAAUAGGCAGUUACAAUUGCUCCUGUUGGGAUGGAUUCAUACGAAUGACCGAAGACACCAACCGGUGCCAAUUUGUUUGUUUAGCCGAGUGUUCCCCAGAAUGUGACCCAAGUAAACCACAUCAUUGCAACUGUCCAAAUGGUUACAUACUCGAUGACAAAAAUGGGAAGUCAAUUUGUGUUGACAUAGAUGAAUGUGAGAUGGAUGAGUGCCAUCAUAAUUGUACAAAUACGUAUGGAGGUUACCUGUGUUCUUGUGAUGAGGGAUUCGACUUGGUUGGUUUAAAUGAUUGUGUUGAGAGAGAACCGUCAAAUGUUUCAGGUUUUACCAUACCAUUUACACCAUUUGUUAAGCAUCCAACUGAGCGCCCUUCCACUGUAAAGGCUGGGGGUCUUCUUGGAAUUAUAGUAUGCAUUGUCAUUGUUAUUUUGGUGAUGGUUGUACUUAUUCACCUGAUACUAAAACGUCGAGGUAAUUUAGACAUUGCUUUCGAAAGCCAAGAUUUUGGUAAUCACGAUUUGCAACAAGUCACAAUGGAUAAGUACAAAACAUUAUCAUUUGACAGACAGUAGAUAUAGGACAAUCAAUAUUUUGUUGGAUAACUGUCAUUUUCAUUGUCAUUACCUUUUUACACGUCUGCAAAGGAGAAUCAGAUGUUUGAAUGUUUUAUAUUUUUAUUUCAUACAGUUGUAGUAAACCUAUCAUAAAUGUAAUGACUCCAUAAGCAUCUCAUUACUGAAAAUGCAGACCUGUCUAAGUAACCAAUACUACCUUUCAAAAGUUUGAGGUCACUUAGAAAUGUCCUUGUUUUUGAAAGAAAAGCACAUGUUUUGUCCAUUAAAAUAACAUAAAAUUGAUCAGAAAUACAGUGUAGACCCCAAACUUUUGAACGGUAGUGUAUAUUAAAUUGUCAUUAUUUGUGCGUCUUUUACGUUCUCACCACAAUACCCAAUCUUUUGUGAAGUGUGACCCCUUGUGGACUCUGAAAGAGGUUGCUUUCUGGUGACGCUUAUUUAUCCUUAUCGCUUAAUAGUCAGCCCUUUUUCUUUGACUAUAGCAAGGUUUCCAAUCAAUUGUCAACAGAUUUUCGUGUGAAUAUUCUAGAAUCUGCAUAAGGAAAAUAUCUGCAUUUUCCCACAAGUGGUAUUUUACCACCUGCAUUGCUUGCUGUUUGGGGUUUUAGGCUGGGUUUCUGUACAGCACUUUGAGAUAUCAGCUGAUGUAAGAAGGGCUAUAUAAAUUCACUUGCCUGGCCAAUUGUAAGCUGCCCAAUAGGACUCCCAAUCACGGCCGGUUGUAAUACAGCCUGGAAUCGAACCAGGGUCUGUAGUGACGCCUCUAGCACUGAGAUCAAAUCGAACCAGGGUCUGUAGUGAUUUGAUCUCAGUGCUAGAGGCGUCACUACAGACUUCUGCUGUCGCUGCAUCGCAGUAAAUGCUGUACAGCCACAGCAGAUGUCGGAUUGACCAUGCAGAGCCUUUAAGGCUAAUGCCAUCACUCCAGUCCUCGAGUAAGCACAGCAGCACACAGUUUUAUUGUAGCCCAGGACAAGUACACUUGAUUCAACUUGUCACUUAAUGAACGGUGCAGAAUUAUUAUUUUUACUACAGAUGGCUACAUUGGUCCAGUAAUGCAGGACUAUUAAAGGCCCAGUGCACUACUUUUGUGAAAAAAACAUAUGUAUUACUAUUUUUUAUUUAUUCCGAUUUUUUAGGGGGUGCUGCAGCACCCUCAGGACCCCUACUUCCUGCUGAUAUGGGUUAUUAUAUCAAUAUUUGCACACACAAUGUUUGCACUGCUAUUUCUCAUGUAAUUAAUUUUACUGACAAAAAGUUAACACACAUAUGGAACGAACAAAUGAUCUGUCCGCAUUUAUAAAAUUGUACCAAAACUUCCUGUUUUCAUUA